CAGUUACCAGAAGCGAAUAUAGUAAACACAAGCCACAGGGCAGCACUACAACACGCUAACGCGACAUCUUGUGGCUAUUUCGUUUCUCAGGACUCUUCUUUUGGAAAUCAAAUAUUACCUGUUCUACCCCGUUUUGAUAAAUAAUGAGUGCUACCAUGAAAUUAAAAGUUUUGGAGGGCCAUUUGGGGGAAAUAUCUGGCUUUACUAAGCCCAAAGUUGAAUAUGAACAGUAUGAAACUCCUGCUCAUAUUGCUGCAGUGGCCCUUUACACUAUGCAGACACAGUUUGAAGCAUUAGAAAGUAAGUUAGUUUUAGAUGCUGGUUGUGGCCCUGGUAUGUUAUCAUGUGGGGCAUCCUUAUUGGGUGCAGGGACAGUUACAGCAGUAGAUAUUGAUGGAGAAUCCCUUGAUAUUUUAAAAGAAAACAUUGAAUGUACAGAAGUUGACAAUAUAGAUAUUAUUCAAUGUAAUUUCCUUUGCCCUGAAAUGUACAGGUGUGAAAAUUAUUUUGACACAGUUGUUAUGAAUCCUCCAUUUGGCACAAAGAACAAUGCAGGAAUUGAUAUGAAGUUUCUUAAAAUGGGCUUAGAUUUAAGCUGUGAUAGUGUUUAUUCUUUACAUAAGUCGACUACAAGGUCUCACAUACAGAAAAGGAUCAAAGAAUGGGGAGCAAAAGGGAGUGUAAUAGCAGAACUCCGUUAUAACUUAAAAUCUUCAUACAAGUUCCAUAAACAACAAAGUAAAGAUAUUGCAGUAGAUCUAUGGAGGCUGCACCAUUCUUAGUGUUCACAUGACUUCCUUAUAAGUUAUACAAAUGAACUAUAUACAAAAUGGACCGCAAGCCUAAUUUGCAAGACAUUGUCUCUUAAAGAGAUAGGCAAUUUUUAUUCUUGCUUUCUGCAUUAACUUAUUGCUUUAUUUGACUUGUAUUUUACUGUACUAUAAGUUUUUUUCGCAUCCUUUCAAUAAAAGU